AUGGAGGACCUGGAGUUCUCCUAUGACUGGGGUCUCGAGCUUUCACAACGCAUGUCCAUUCCGCGGGCGCUGCAGCUGGCGCGGCGGGCCGGGCAGCUGCACGCCGAUCAGGAAGCGGUCAAAGGCGAGCUGCCUAUGACGGAGCUGAUGGAUGCGCUGAACGUCCUGAAAGAUGCUUCCCACGAGGAGCGAGAAAGCAGAGCUCCGGAGGAGGCCUGCGAGGACUUCGACGGCCCGGCGCAGGAGCUGCAGCAGGUGCUUGCAGAGUUGGGCUACGGAGUGGAGGAGGAGCCAGCCUUUGGUGAUGAGGGAUUUGAAGACUCCAUCAGAGACCUGCAGGAGGCCCUGGCUUUGGUCACCGUGCCGCGAUAG